CUCUGCGUGAGUGUUCUGCUCAUUGUUUGUCUUCUGGAGUCACAAUUAACCAUAUGUUGAUGAAAGAGCGCAAAUGUGGUUACACAAAAAUUUAAUUUUAAUACUUGUGUUGAGGAACUGAUAAAGAAGCUAAAAGAUAUUCAGGCAAUAGAGCUCUGUGAACAUGAUGACGGUUGGCAUGCUACUGACUGUCCUGUUUGUUUCAGGUGCUUUGGCUGGUUGUUCUGAUAAAACAGCACUCUCCAUAACUGCACCAAAGACGAUGGAAGCACUGAGUGGAUCUUGUUUGCAAAUCCCAUGUAGCUUCAAACCCAAAGAAGCACAGACAUUUAUCAGCACAGGAAAAACCUUUGGAGUGUGGAUUAAAAAUGAUGCCAGAAAUCCAACCAACGUCAUCUACAACAGUAAUGGUGCAGGUUAUCCAAGGAGUAUUACUGGGAACCUGAGUCAGAGAGACUGCACAACUCUGUUUUCUAAUUUAACCACCACAUACACAGACACAUACUUCUUCAGAGUAGAGAGUGAAAGAUUCAAGGCGACAGCAGACUGUAACCCACUUCAAAUAACAGUCAGAGAUUCUCCUUGGAGGCCCAAUAUUACAAUCCCAGGUGAUCUGAAGGAGAAGGAGUCUGUCACUAUAACCUGCUCAGCUCUCACUCCCUGUCCACACUCCCCUCCUCAACUCACCUGGAAUCUCCAACAAGACUCUCACAACAAAAUAGAGGAAAACACAGAUGGAAGCUUUACAACUAAAAUCCAGCAGAACAUCACUCUGUCAGACACACAUGAUGGAAAGAAGAUCAGCUGCUCUGCCAGAUAUCCUGUGAACCAAGGAAAAGACACCAAGACAGCAGAGACAGAAGAGGCUCUCAGUGUUUCAUAUGCUCCUAAAGACACCUCAGCAUCCAUCAGUCCAUCAGGUUUGGUGUCAGCAGGCAGCUGGGUGAAGCUGACCUGCUCCAGCAGAGCCAAACCUCUCAGCAGCUUCACCUGGUUCAAGAAGAGCAGAGAUGGAGCUGUGAGAGUAUCUGAAGGAGAGAUUUACAGCUUCAAUGUAACAGAUGGAGGAGUUUAUUACUGUGUGGCCACUAAUGAUCUGGGUAAUCAGACAUCAGCAGAGAUUCAUGUGACUGUUGCAGAUGCUUCCAAAAACACCUCAGCAUCCAUCAGUCCAUCAGGUUUGGUGUCAGCAGGCAGCUGGGUGAAGCUGACCUGCUCCAGCAGAGCCAAACCUCCAGUCAGCAGCUUCACCUGGUUCAAGAAGAGCAGAGAUGGAGCUGUGAAAGUAUCUGAAGGAGAGAUUUACAGCUUCAAUGUAACAGAUGGAGGAGUUUAUUACUGUGUGGCUACUAAUGAUCUGGGUAAUCAGACAUCAGCAGACAUUGCUCUCUCAACUCUUACUUACUGUGAAGCUGGAAACCUGGUUGGUGUCUACACUAUAAUGAAGACUGUGGGAAUCAUAAUGCUUUUGACCACACUGAGCAUCUUUGAGUGCUGGUUCAAAUCAAGAUGCUCCAACAAACAGACAUAGAGCUGUCAGAUGAGCAGAGUAACAUCACAACACAUCAACUAAAGUGACUGCAGGAUGAUAAAUGCUACCUGCUAAACCAUUAAAAUGUAACAUAUUUGUUUAUAGUUUGAUGUUCAACAGCUGUGUAUGACCAUUUUACUUUGACUAUAGGGAUGUUAUUACAGAAUUAUCUCUCCUCAAACCACUGCUGCCUUCCCUAAGGAUGGGAAUUGAUUCAUUUGUUGUGAUCAGUGUUGGGAUCAAUACUCAAAAAAGUAGAAAAGUUAUUACACAUUACACAGAACUUUUCUUAAAGGUAAUGCAGUAUAUUGCUUAAGUACACCCAGGUUCAAAUGUUCAAAAAGUGGGUAGCUUCACUGAAAAGGACGUCCCCCACCCCACGCCCCACCCCCCUUUAUCACGGUGCUGGGCAAGGUUCAGCAUUUACUCAGCUUUAACAUGACUCUGGAUUCUUGGCUAACUUCGUGUUAGCCUACUGUCUGUGCAGGUACUUGCAAAGAGCCGAAGUUGUGUUACCGGUAUAAUACUGUAGUUUCUGCAUUAUAUCUGACCAAAAUAUUGUGUGGGCGCGAUCUCCAAAUGGUGCUGAUAGGAUAGGUGUGGUUAGUUUCACAAGCACCGUCAAUUCAUUUCAAUAUGAAAUGUCCAGUUUGCCAAGAGCCAGGUAACUUAGCGCAAGUUUAAAUAUUAACUGGGGAUUUUUGCUUCAGUGGGAAAUUUACAGCAUAGCUAUGUCGUAACAAUUAGCAGGAAAUUGUAAACCAUAAAAAUGUUUGAAUCGUUUGUGUACUUGAUUUAAAUAUUCUCCUUCCUAUGUUAUGCACCUUGAGAAAAUAACUCCCUGAUAUAAAUAUGCAAGAGAGUCUAUGUUCAUCAUUUCUCCAUAAGAUGUAUUAUAAGAUUCUUCUGCUUGUGUGUCAAGCUGACUUUACUGAAUGAAAGGCUUCAUAUUGUCUCUUUCUGUCAUCAUGUAAUCUUUGGCAGGUAGAUACUUUGAUUCUGUAUAUAUUCUAGUAUUACUGUAGCUCUUUGUAAAAACAUAAAGUGCCGUCAUGUUCUCUGUACUGUCAUUUGACUUCUUUGCAAAGGCAAAUAAAACUCAUAAAGACAACCUUGUUGAAUGAAGCAUCCGACUCUCAAAAACACAGAGUGCCAACACUUUAAUGAGCACAUGCAAUGUUUAUAUAAAAUCAUAAAAACAGCUUUAUUUAAUCGUUUUAGUCCUAACAAAAG